AUGGCACCACCCACCGAGGGAGAUGCUCUUUCUGGUAACAACACUGCCGGGGGAGUAAUCAGCUCAUUGACUCCGAAGGAGACUCAAAUGCUGGCUGUGGUUGUCUCGAUGAUGGGAGACGUCCCCAACGUAAGUUCACUUUCCAUCACUUCAUCUUCGAUCUCUGGCUUUUAAUUAGGAAUUGCCUUUGGUUCGAUCUGAAGGCUUUCCUACCGCCAAUUGGGUUUCAAGCGGGUAGGCAGUCCUUCAAUCUCGGCACUUAGAAGCUAACAUGUGUCUACAGAUUAACUUCGAGGAGGUCGCCCCGUUGGUUGGCCAGAAGUACGCACGAAAUGCUCGCUCUGCUUGCAAGAAAUUAUUCGACAAGUUGAAGAAGAAUGCCCCGCCAGGUAUUGUUGCCUCUUCAUCUACCGGCACUGGUGAUGAAUCUGCUCCCGCUACCCCAAAGAAGACCCCCUCGAAGCCUCGCAAGGUCGGCGCCAAGAGCACACCUAAGAAGGCCACUUCGGCUCCAGAGGGCAAGGCAGUCAAGGGUGAAAUGAACGAUGAGGCUGGUGCUAUUGAAUCUCAUGCCGAUGAGGACAUGAAGCUUGGUAAGUCAACCCUGCCAUCUCUCGAUCCAGUCCAUCGCUUCCUUUGUCCCAAUGAUGUCUGGCAGUACAGCAACCUUCGACGUUGGUUGCCCAGAUCGUUCAAGUACUUCUUGCUAAUUGUGGUAUGCUUUUAGACUUUGACGACGAAUAA